AUGCAGCUGGCGACCUGCCAGACAUUGUCAGGAACGGGAGCGCUCCACCUCGCUGGCCGUAUUCUCCGAGAUUGUCAGCCGUCCUCAACGACAGUUUACAUUCCCGAGCCGACAUGGUCAAACCACCAUUUUGUAUUCUCGACCCUCGGUUUCGAAUGCCAGUCCUUCCGGUACUACGACCCGGCCACUAAAACCAUGGACAUGGACUCGUACCGCGCGACGUUGUACUCAGCGCGCCCGGGGUCGAUCGUCAUCCUACACGCCUGCGCGCACAAUCCCACCGGGCUCGACCCAACCCACGACCAGUGGAUGGAGAUCGGCCAGAUCAUAAAACAGCGGGAUCUGUUCCCGCUAUUUGACGCCGCGUACCUCGGAUUUAACUCCGGGGACGUCGACCAUGACGCCUUUGCGAUCCGCCACUUUAUCCACGAGCUGGAGCUAGAGGCGGCGGUGUGCCUGUCGUUUGCGAAGAACAUGGGUCUCUACGGCGAACGCGUCGGCUGUCUGGUUCUUGCAACAGCGACCGAGCACGCCGCGACAAACAGCCAGUCCCUGCUGGAAUCCCUCCAGCGGUCCGAGAUCUCCAAUCCGCCGGCGUUCGGCGCGCGCAUUGCCGCGCGGAUCCUCGGCGACGAGGCGCUGCGGGCGGCGUGGUUUGAGGAUCUGAAGACGAUGAGUGCGCGCAUUCAGGCGAUGAGGCGUGCGUUGUAUGAUCAUCUUGCGCGGAACGGCAGCUGGGAUCACCUCCUCCGGCAAUCGGGGAUGUUUGGGUUUCUGGGACUGCCUCCUAGCGCAGUCAAGAUACUGAAAGAGAAACAUCACAUCUACAUGGCGAGUAAUUCGCGGAUCUCGAUCGCGGGACUAAACCCGGAAAACGUCGAGUAUGUGGCGCGGUGCAUUGUCGAGGUUCUGCAGAACGUGUAG